CCUGAAGAAAAGAAGUCGAUUAGAUUAUUUUUCUGAAUUAUCAAGUAUGCCAUGCUGUAAUCAAGGAAUGCAAAUCAGGACCCAGGCUUCAUCCGGAAAUGUUUUGAGGACCGGUAAAAGAUUGAGCCCGGCGCAUUGGCUUUACAUUUGAACAGAACAUUUCCCCCACCACCCCGCUCUCAACUCUUCUACAAACACUGGAUAUAAUAAUUGCACAAUGUCCACCACAUCUCACGAACGCGAACACAAGUUCGAACAAUCCGUCAAACGGAACCCACAUCCUGACUUCAAGGGAGUUGAAGCCUCGCGGCCUGACUGGCGAGAAAGAAUCACCGAAGAUGGGAGCAAGCAACCACUGUACACGAAAACCCGCGAUCCGAAUUGGAAGUUAGGUCAGGGUGGUAAUGAUAAUGGCGAGUCCCUGGCCAAGGAACAUGUCUCGAUCGACCCGUACGAGGACGGGAGACCGGCAGUUUUCAAUUAUAAGUUGAUGAUUUCGGCGAUCGUUCCUAGACCGAUUGGGUUUUUGAGUACGGUUGGGAAGGACGGAGUACCCAAUCUAGCACCAUUCAGCUUUUUCCAAAUGGUGAAUUUCGACCCGCCGAUCUUCGUCGUUGGUUUCCUGGCAAGUCCCAAAGAACCAAAAGAUACAUUGGCCAAUAUAAUCGAGACAAAAGAGUGCACUGUAAAUGUCAUAUCAGAACAUUUCGUCGAAGCCGCGAACGCCUGCUCGAUCAACAGUCCCUAUGGCGUCUCCGAAUGGUCUCUCGUCGGCCUGCACCCGGCUCCGACCAAGGUGGUCAAACCAGCUCGUGUAAAAGAAGCCGUGUUCUCUGCAGAGUGCACGUUGGUUGAAGUGAAAGAGUGGCAAAGUAAGGCGAAGCCGGGCACGGUUAGCGGUGCGAUGGCGAUCUUGGAGGGUGUCAAUUUCUGGGUUAGGGAGGAUGCGAUCAACGAGGAGAGGAAUGGGAUUGAUCCGAAUGUCCUUCGACCAGUUUCCCGCCUUGGUGGGAUCAGUUACGGUCGUGUCACGGAUGCAUUUGAACUUCUUCGGCCGGACUUUGCUAAGGAAUCGCAGAAGCCGGAGGUCCAGGAGUUGAUGAAAGGGAACUAGCCACGACUUCUAUGUGACGGUGCUUUGGCUUCGCGGUAAGAGAUAUGAGCAGCAGCUUAGCAAGACUGGAGCGAUAAGUGAGUAUCAGAUCGAAGACGCAUCACGUCCCAUCAAGUUGUAUUGAAAGGACUUACAACCGUACAUAUAUCACCGAGUAUCAAAGCAGCAA